AUGUCUACAUUAUCUAACAAAAAACUUACUAUUCACCCUUCUUAUCCAAAUCCUAAUCAUCCUACUAAACAACCUCAACAUAAAAAGACAAUGAAACACAUAAAAAGUCAACCUUCAUCACCUACACAACCUCCUAAACAGUUUAGUCAUCAUCCUCAUGAUAAAUUUUUACUUACCCCUCCCAGUUCACCAGAAUCACUUCCUCGCUUAACAAACCACCACAAAAAGAAAACAAGCAGUACCUACGAAUACAAUAACCGUAUCUUGACUGCCAAAAGAAAUGGAAACCUCCGUAAUGUCAUGAACGAGUUUACAUCCAUGAAAAAGAACAAUGUCCAAAUGACUCAUCAUACUUAUAAUCUUGUUUUGGAAGCACACGCCAUUCUUCGUCGAGAAGGAACACCGCUGACAAAUAUGUUGAGAAUUUACAAUGAAAUGAUACAACAUCAGAUCCAACCCAAUGCUUAUACCUAUAUCUUGAUGAUACGUUCAUUGUGUAAGCGUGAUGUUGAAGUUCAAAAGACAGUGGCUAUGCUCAAGCGCCAAUCUGCACGCAUUGGACAUAAAAACGAAGAUGUAGUUCUAUUGGAAUCUGAAGGCAACUUGAACAUGGCACUGGCCAUCUUCCAUUAUGCUGUUGCUGAUGGUGUAUCUGUAAAUUCAUUUGAAGUCGAGAUCUUUAACCAAUUACUUCGUGUCCUUUCUCAUUAUGGUGAUACAACAGAUGCUGAAUUCGUCUAUCGCCAACUUGAACAACCUCAUGUUCAUGCCAGACCCAACUCGGCUACGUAUGCUGCUUUGAUCAACUUGUUUGGUCGUGCUGGUGAUAUUGACACAGCUCUCUAUUACUAUCAUGUCUAUAACCAGGUCAAAGAUACAUUGGGGCCUCAUGAUACCUCAUAUAUCUUCAAUGCUUUAGUUGAUUGCCAUUUGAAAUGCAAUAGGCUUGAAGGUGCCCUCCAUGUGGUUGAACAUGAUAUGGUAGAGCAUGGUAUCAAAUUGACAUGUAUCCCUUACAAUUCCAUCAUCCGUCACUACUGUGCUCAUAACCAAAUGGAAGAUGCUGAAGCCCUUAUCGAGCGAUUGAUUCAAGGCCAUCAAGAAGACAGCGAAAAGUACCCUUCACCUGACGCUAGCAGUUAUGGACCUAUCUUAUCUUCGUAUUGUCAAACAGACAAAUGGGAAGAAGCCACACGCAUCUACAAUGCGCUUCGAGAGACAGAUAUCAGAAAAGCCUAUGGUAAUCUUGCCAAUUAUGCCUUGCUUUGCCUUACACACCAAGACCGUCAGAAAGCUCUUUCUGUCAUUCAAGACAUGACCCAAGCUGAUCUAGAGCCGGAUCCUGUAUUGGCUGAGCGCAUGGUGACUAGUUUUGCUCAAGCUGAACAAGUGGAUUCAGCUAUCCAUGUCUUGUGUACACUUCAACAAGCCAUGUCUUCUCGCUCUUUGAUCAAGGGUGCUGGUCAUCUUGUAAAUAGUGCGCUUGAAAUUGUGCUUCAUUGUGACACUGUUUGUCAAGUCUUACAAGUGAUGCAAAUCAUCAUGCCAUUAGCCAAUCAGGAUAACCAUGGAGCCGAGUCUCCUUCUUCGUUUGACAUUAUCUGCAAGAUUCUGAUUGAUUCCUACUUUGAACAAUCAGCACAAGUAAAAGACAGAUUGACGACGGCAGAUUUCCAACUCUUGUUCCAUGCAGUUUUUGUUGUUUAUGGCUAUCAACAACCUUCUUGUCUUGGUGAUGCAUUAACCCAACUGCUUCAAGACAUGUGUGAUUUUAGAGUGGAUAUUCCUCUUGAUCUCUAUGAAGACAUUCUUGAUCAAUUACAAGCCUAUGAUGAUGUCGAACUUGAAUUGAAAUGGAAGAUAGCCUUUGAACGCAACACGAUGUUACCUGAUUCUACAAAACAAGAUCCUAUUAUGGCUGAGGACGACGACGACGAUGACGAUGAUGAUGUUAUUAUUGAGAUCGCAGAAGACGAGUAUCCUUCCAAGGCUAACAUGGUAUCUCAUGAGAUACUGAAGGCAAUUGUCAGCGGCAAUGGUUGUGAAGCCAUGCGCAUCUUUGAAGACCGUAUCAUUUGUCAAGGCUUAAUUCCCUCCCCUGAAAUCAUGCGCGACGUCAUUACUCUUGCUAGCAAACAAGGUGAUACUCAAACAGCCUUGACCAUGUAUAACAAUGCCAUCUAUGCUUACAAAGACAUGCCUGAUAUGCAGACAAAAGAAGAGGCCAUUUACAUGGCUACCAAUAGUCUCUUAAUUGGCUAUGCUCAAAAAGGCGAUAUAGACAAGGCCAAGGUCUAUUAUGAUCGUAUCAAGGCCAUGGGUCGUUUCCCAGAUGGCGAUGGAUAUGCAAGUUUACUUCUUGGUAGUGCUAAAUGUGCUACAGACGAAGCCACAGACGCUUUAGCCAUUUAUGACGAAGCCAAGCGUCAUCAUGUCAAGCCCACCACUUUUUUCUACAACGUGAUGAUUUCCAAGUUAGCCAAGGCGCGUAAACUAGACCUUGCUCUCAAUCUGUUUGAAGAGAUGCAAUCAUUCAACGUACCUCCUAAUUCAGUUACGUAUGGUGCUAUCAUUUCUGCCAGUGUUCGUUCAGGAUCAGAAAGUCAGUCGCGUCGAUUAUUUGGUGAGAUGCUCUCUUCGCCUUCGUAUCAGCCUCGAGUGGGUCCCUUUAAUAACAUGAUGCAGUUUUAUGUUCGCCAACAUCCUAGCAGAGAGCGUGUGCUUGAAUACUUUGCUGAACUUCGUCGUCGUCAGAUCAAGCCCUCUCCUCAUAGCUACAAGUUAUUGAUGGAAGCCUAUACCCACAUUGCACCUUAUGAUAUGCCUAUGGCACAUAAACUCUUGAGCGACAUGACAAGAUGCGAUCGUCUUUGCCCUCAGGCAACCCAUUAUGCUACUCUGAUUUAUUCGUAUGGUAUCCUUCAACGUGAUGUUCUGAGUGCCGAACGUGUAUUUGCCGAAAUGAAGCGGGUCAAAAUCCAGCCUGAUGAAGCAGUCUAUCAAGCGAUGAUUGAUACACUGAUCAGUAACAAUGCGCUCGACAAAGCCGAGCAGGUCUAUCAUGAACUCAACAAGAAUAAUCAAUUACAAAAGAGCGGGUCUCCUUAUAUUGAAAAUCUGUUUAUUCGAGGCUAUGGUGAAAAGGGUCAGUUGGAAAAAGCCGAGGCUGUCUUUGAAGCCAUGUCUGAUGAUAAAAUGCAAUCUUCGUUUUAUGUGAUUCGUGAACCAAGUACAUAUGAAGCCAUGAUUCGAGCCUAUCUUUUGAAUGACAAAUUAGACAAGGCCAAAAUCAUUUUAGACAAGAUGAUUAAGCGUGAUUUUCCGCCUAAAGUGAUCGGUGUUGUAGCUGAUCUUAUGCUCGCAUAG